AUGGGGAGCUGCAUGUCUUCUGGUUGCACGAGGGAUCAUGAAAAGCCUCUAAAUUCAUUGACAUCAAAGCUCAUAUUGAUGGAUGGGAGCAUCAAGGAGUUCUCAGGGCCUGUGAAAUGCCAUGAGAUGGCAAGUAAAUACUCAGGCCAUUUCAUUUGUGGAUCAGGUGGUCUCUACACUGGUCAACAUAUUUCAGAGGUGCUGCAUGAGGAUGAUGAGUUGCAGCUUGGGGAGCUCUAUUUUCUUCUUCCCAAUAGAAAGCUGGAGUUUGUGCUAACUGAUUCUGAUAUGGCAGCUAUGCUUCUCAAGGCCAAUGGUGCCAGCGAGCAGAGGAGGAAAUCUAAGGGUAAAGUUCAGCCCCUGUUUGAUGGUCAUUUACAGGAUGAUGAAAACCCACCUCCUUCUGUCUGUUGCUUGUCAAAACCCGUGUCAACAGUAGCAAUGUGUGGCAGGAAACAGAGAAAACAAUCUAAGUUGGAGACUAUUUAUGAGGGUUCAUAG